CGUAAGCAGCAGAGAGUAAGACCGCGACAUCUGGCUUGCGGCAAAAGCAGCUGUUCACAUUGAAGGAAGCGAGAGUCCAAAGGCGUCGGUAAAGGCGAUCCCGUCCUAAUAGAAAGCGAGCAAACAUGGCUGACUACGAAGCGUGCGACGAGUAUGACCCAGCGUUUGACGCACAUCACUACGAUACGGCCGGCGAUGAGUUCCAAGAGACUUUAGCCGACUCAUUGGCCGGCUUGGGAGAUGAGCUUGUAGGCAUGGGCAUCUCACAAGAUUCACUCGGUGGUGUAGACGGUAUGAUGGGCCUGGGUGACUCGCUAGGCGCCGAGCUCGAGCACGAGCAGCAGCAUGCAAUAGCAGACGACUCGGACUCGGCCUAUCAUCACCUCUCGGCACCUGGCACACCGAAACGCGAUCAGAUCGUUCAGCGCCAGCAACACCAGCAGACAUCAGGGGCAGGUCCGUCAUCGCGACGGUCACAAACCCCCCAACGGACACCCCGAAAGGGGAGUGGCAUGGAAAGCUUGGCAGACGAGCUAACCGGCACCACCUCGCCGGCACGACAACCACGCAGGGACAAGCAGCGCUUGGCAGAAGCUCUCAGAGUCGACCUGGACGAGGACAGCCCGAAGGCCCCCGCGCCUGGCGCUGAUGGAGACUCGUUAGGCGCCGAAUUGGGGCUGGCAAAUGGCCUUGUUGCAUCGAUUGUGGACACGAUAGACGAGUCAAUGGAGGAAGCUAGAAUCGCACGGAUAGAAGCGCAACAAGAAGCGGUGCGGGAAGAGCUAGAAGAAACGCUACGAAUGACCGAUGCAUUCUUAUCCAAGCUCAAGGAGCGCAACACGAUACGAGUGGCACAGCAAACAUCAUCAGCCUCGAUAGUAACAGGCACAGCCCCGGAUGACACAGGGGCUCUAGAAAUCAACGCAGCUGCUAUUCUCCGACUUCUUCAGGAUACCACCAAGGAGCGAGAGGCACAGGUACGAGAGCUCAAAGAGAUGGGUAUUGCAUUCGCGAGACCCGAGGCGGAGUGGCAGGCGGCGCUCGCAGACGUAGCUGGCAUUGGUGACGAGGCAGAUCAGUCCAUCGAUCGCUCAGCACUCAACCCAGAGGAAGUAGACUCGCUCGGCUUUGCGGCUAUUGGCUCUUCCUCGGGCGACGUGAUUCCGCAAAGUGAUGGUGCCAGUGACAUUUUCUCCUCGGGCCCACGAAGGGCUGUGCUCCCGUCUUCCACCGCGAGUUCCUCGAAUAAGCACGCGUCGAUGGCAGCAGCAGUAGUACAAUAUCCACAAUCGCACAAGUCGACGACAGCGUCGCAGAUGCACGACCUGCAAGCGUGCACCGAAUCGCUCAUUUCUUCGCUCGGCACAAUGAACGAGCAUGCGCAGGUGCACAGGGCCGCCAUGAACGACGCAUCGAGGAAGCUGCGCUCGUUGCGUGCUGUCCUGACGCAGUGGCGCACAGAGAUCGACGGUGUUGCGCGCAGUCGCGCCUGGAUCGAGGAGUGGGAGAGCAGUGACGGAAGCGGAAUGCGAACUGAGUCGGUGCCUUCCGACCCUGCAUCGACGACGAAAGUAGCGAUAAAAGAGGCCAUGACGCCUACGAAUAGGAGACCGGAGGAUAUCAAGGCAUGGACGCAGCAGCAGCUGGAACGAUUUGAAAAGAUCCUCGGCGAUGCGGAAGUGAGAGCGAAAGAGCUGCUCAAGCCUAUCAACAUGCCUUCCAGCUUUGAUGCGAGUAUUUCAGCGGCGGCUGCAGCGUCACAGCAACAUCAAGUUCCCAUGUCGGCGUGAAGGAAACAUCGAUCAUCCUCAAGUACAAUAUCCCUGGCACUAUCACCUUCAUCAUUGCAAGACAAAUCCAUCCAAUUCCAAUUCAAGCGCACUGUAAAGUAUAUCCCGGUAUCAUCUUUGGCACAAGAAUCGAACAAUUAGACAUCGACUGGCCUGCCAUGAAGUCCUACGUGAAUAAACACGCUGAUACCUUAUCGAUUGAGAUCUCCUCUGCUGCUGCCUACUCCGAGCUCGCCGCCCGAUGCACGUCAAAUUCCAAUCGCGAGAACGUGGCGCACCUCAAC